AUGUGGUUGGUGAACAGAGUGCUUCCAUUGUCUUACUGUGUUCUCCUCUUCCUUGUUUCUGCUAAAUAUGAUAGGUAUGUACCUGAUUUUUAUAAGCCAUCACCAGAAAUGGAGUAUAUAUGUACGAUGCCCAAUGAUGCAGGAAUGUUGCACUGUACUUCUGACUUGCCGAAUUACAGGAUUGGAAGCACAAUAUGCAAUGAGUCAGCAGAGGCUGGGCUGAAUUAUACUGACCCUGGUUACAAUGUAUCAUCAUGUAUCAACUGGAAUAAAUACUAUACUACAUGUGACUAUAGUGCUUACAAUCCUUUUAUGGGAGCAAUUAACUUUGAUAAUAUUUUGUAUGCCUGGGUGGCCAUUUUUCAGAUUGGUGCCUUUUUUAUGAUCAAUUUAUGUUUAGUUGUCAUAGCAACACAGUUCUCUGAGACUAAGCAGAGGGAGAGUAAAUUAAUGAAGGAACAACGGAGAAAGUUACAAAGUUCAACAAGUACUUUAACUAGCUCAUCAGAACCCGGAGGAUGUUAUGAUGAGAUUUUGAAAUACAUAGCACAUCUUGUACGUCGAGGACGCAGACAUUUUUCACGGUUCAUCAAGAGAAUACGAGGUAGGAGACAAAGGAAAGUGACCCCAGCAAUAUCAUUAAGUAAGAAAAGGCGGAGAUCGAAAUCAGUACAUUUACAUCAUCAUCAUCACCACCACCACCACCACCAUUAUCACUAUGGCAAUGUCAGUCCAAGAGCACCAAGAGCGAGUCCAGAAGUUAGUGAUAUUGGAUCAUCGCCAACAAGGCCAAACAGACUUAUGUUGCCGUCUAUGAAUAACAGUUUGAAUCCAAGUCAUGAAUCACUGCAUUCAAUUGCUUACUGCACUGAAUCUGUGUCGAAAAUUGACUCCGCAAUUGUGAAUUCGCCACUUUGUGCUUCUCCUCAUGCAAUAGUUACUACAACAGCAACAAUAUCAAUACAUCGAGCAUCCUCGAUUAAUUAUCCAUCAACAAAUUCCAAGGAUACUAAUGCGUCACUUGCCAGGGCUAAACAAAAAGUGGAAAAUACAUUGAACAAUUUAGCUGAUCUAUCACCUAAUAAAUUGACGGAUAAGUUGUCAGGAUCAUGUAAUGGCAGAAAUACAGUACUUAAUAGAUAUGAGAAGUUACCUCCUAUAGAUAAGGCAAAAACUAAUAAUUUAGAUCAAGAGAAAGAUCUUACAAAUCAAGCUAACACUACACUAGGAGCAAGGCUUUCAGCUAUCUCUCCUUUAUCCAGGACUCCAUCACCAUGUUUGUCCCACUAUUCCCAUUCCCCAUGCCAAUCCUUUCAUGAACCUUCAUGCCAUGUCCACUCAUCAACAAAGCUAACUCCCUGUCCUGCACACGUACCACAUUGCCAUGAUUGCGCAGAAGACUAUGAUGAUGACUGGACAGAUUCUGACUCUGAUAGUGAAAUAGACACUGACUCAGAUUACAGUUGGGGUAAAGAUGAUGUGGAUUUACCUGAGCAGCCAGUUGGUUGUCGUUCUAGAUUUUCUACUUUUUUACGGAAGAUUGUUGACAGUAAACAUUUUAUGAGAGGAAUAUUAGUUGCUAUUUUAGUAAACACACUUAGCAUGGGAAUAGAGUAUCAUAAUCAGCCAAUAGAAUUAACUCUGGUAUUGGAAAUCAGCAACUUGGUAUUUACAAGUUUAUUUGCAUUGGAAAUGGUUCUUAAAAUUCUGGCUUAUGGGCCAGUGAUGUACAUACGAAAUGGAUUUAAUGUGUUUGAUGGGAUUAUUGUUGUACUUAGUAUCAUUGAAAUUGCACAGGAUGGCACUGGUGGUCUUUCAGUACUACGAACAUUUCGUUUGCUACGUAUUUUAAAGUUGGUCCGUUUCAUGCCUGCAUUAAGACGGCAGUUAGUGGUUAUGUUAAAAACAAUGGACAAUGUUGCAACAUUUUUCUGCCUGCUCAUACUAUUCAUAUUUAUUUUCAGCAUUCUUGGCAUGCAUUUAUUUGGCUGUAAAUUUUGUGAAUAUUUACAUGAUGGUACCAGAAUAUGUGACAGGAAAAACUUUGACUCCUUACUCUGGGCAAUUGUUACUGUGUUUCAAAUUUUAACACAAGAAGACUGGAAUGUUGUGUUGUACAAUGGAAUGUCAAAGAACUCGCCUUGGGCUGCUCUUUACUUCAUAGCAUUGAUGACAUUUGGAAAUUAUGUUUUGUUCAAUCUACUCGUAGCAAUCUUAGUUGAGGGAUUCUCUGCUGAGGACGACCCUAAAAAGAAAGACUCACAGUCCGAGAUUGAUGAUGAUAGUUCAUCUGAUGAAGAUAUUCUCCCCAAGAAUAACAACAAGAAACAGAAGGUGUCUGUUGAUAAGAGAUCUCAGAGUGAUGAAGGUGUGUUUGUUUGCCUAAAAUGUUAUGAAUCGAAUUGA